AUGCAAACUUGAGUUGUCCGGAGAGUUAAAUUUCCCCAAUAAAAUUCCCAAACCCCUUUGCACACAAUUAUCAAAAGGAUUCAAAACUUCCAUGGAUUUCUUCAAGUCCGUUUUCUCCAAAGAUCCAGAACCAGAAGCAGAACCCUUUGAUUCCGAAUCUUCAGCAUCAACCUCCGAAAACCCCAAUCCCAACUCUCUAUGGACUUCCGACGGCGGCUUAUUCAAGUCGGUGAUGGAGAACUAUCGUAAAGGUUUUGAGGAGCUCCGAUCCGGAUUGAAGAAAGAGACCGCCGUGAUCCGUGAAGUGGCCUCUCGCGCCGUUAAGGACCUCCCCACUUCGUUGGAGAUUGGUGCCUCCGUUGCGCAAGAGUCCCUCGAGUCUGUGGGCCAAGCCAUCGACGAUAUCGGGAGCACCGUUUGGAAAUCGACGGCUGAUAUCAUUUCUCAGGGUAGGCGCAAUCUCUCAACACAAACACCUGAUCAUUCAUAUUCUUAUUCUGAUUCUGAUAAUAAUAGUAAUAUUAGACGUUUGAGUGAUGUUAAAUUGUAUAGUCGUUUUGAAAGACAGUUGCUUGCAAUUGGGUGCAAUCGUGACACUUAUUGUAGGGAACCGGAGGAUAUAGAGGAGUUUGAGAAUUGGAAAUCAGGGUUUGAGUUGGAUGAUGAGAGGAAUAGAGAGAUUGAUAGUUUGGUUAAGGAGAAUGAGAUAAUUGGUGAGAUCUACAGUGAGGCUGUGUUGAAUACUAAAGAAGUUGAUGAAGAAACGUUUUGGAGUAGGUACUUUUAUAGGGUGCAUAAGUUGAAACAAGCAGAGGAGGCGAGAGCUAGGCUGGUGAAAAGGGCGAUGGAAGUAGAAGAUGAGGAUUUAUGUUGGAAUUUUGAUGAUGAGGAUGAGGAGAAUAGUGGGUCUUUGGUUAAAGGUGAAUCAAUUGGUAAUUUGGAGGAGAAGAGAGAGUCUGAUUUAAAUGUAAUAAAGAAGGAUGAUGUUGAGAAUCCGAGGAAUAAGAAUUCUGGGGUUGAAGAAAAGGAUAAUGAGAAAGUAGAGUUUGUGGAGGGGAAUGCUGAAAAUGGUGAAUCGUGCAAGGAUAGUGAUCUUUCGGUGGUGUCGACCCAACCAUCAAUGCCUGAUGAGGAGGACCUUGGGUGGGAUGAGAUUGAGGAUAUUGGAAGCAAUGAUGAGAACAAAGGGGAUGCGGUUGGAAGUAUAAGUAGAGCUGUUUUACGGAAGCGGUUGAGUGCUGCAGAGGAAGAUGAGGAUUUGAGUUGGGAUAUUGAAGAUGAUGAAGAGCCCAUUAAAUCAUGAUAGAGUUGAUGACAACAGUACAGAAGUGUUCUGGUAAUAAGUUCAUAACAUAUGUUUACUCCCAGAAUAAUAAGUUAAAUGCUUUCAUAAACGAUUUAUUGAAUCAUUGUAAUUUAUUCAUGUAAAUAUUUUUGUCGUUUUACUUUCUUAUAGAAAUUUCAAUUAAUUUUUCAUGAUA